CGCGGCCGGCCCCCAGUGCAGGCGGAGCCCGCCGUGCUCCCACCCCGGCCCCGGAGCCAGGAGCGAGGAGCCAGCCGCCAGCCCAGCAGCCCAGCGCAGCCCGCCCGAGCCCGGCCCGCGCACGUGCCCGCCGGACCUGCAAACUUGUGCCCCCGGCUCUGCGCGUCCCCAGGGAGCCCGAGCGCCCGCAGCCCGCGCCCCGCCCGCCCGUCUCCAGCCAUGGGCUGCUUUGAAUGCUGCAUCAAGUGUCUGGGAGGAGUUCCCUAUGCCUCUCUGGUGGCCACCAUCCUCUGCUUCUCCGGGGUCGCCUUGUUCUGUGGCUGUGGGCAUGUGGCUCUCGCUGGGACCGUGGCGAUUCUCGAGCAACACUUCUCCACCAACACAAGUGACCAUGCCUUGCUGAGCGAGGUGAUACAGCUGAUGCAGUAUGUCAUCUAUGGAAUUGCCUCCUUCUUCUUCUUGUACGGGAUCAUUCUGUUGGCAGAAGGCUUUUACACCACAAGUGCAGUGAAAGAACUGCACGGGGAGUUUAAAACCACCGCCUGUGGCCGAUGCAUCAGUGGCAUGUUCGUCUUCCUCACCUACGUACUGGGAGUGGCCUGGCUGGGCGUGUUUGGUUUCUCUGCGGUGCCUGUGUUUAUGUUCUACAACAUAUGGUCAACUUGUGAAGUCAUCAAGUCACCCCAGACCAACGGGACAGCUGGUGUGGAGCAGAUCUGCGUGGAUAUCCGGCAAUACGGUAUCAUUCCUUGGAAUGCCUUCCCAGGAAAAAUCUGUGGCUCCGCCCUGGAGAACAUCUGCAACACCAAUGAGUUCUACAUGUCCUAUCACCUGUUCAUUGUGGCCUGUGCGGGAGCUGGUGCCACCGUCAUUGCCCUGAUCCACUUCCUCAUGAUACUGUCUUCUAACUGGGCUUACUUAAAGGAUGCAAGCAAAAUGCAGGCUUACCAGGAUAUCAAAGCAAAGGAAGAACAGGAACUGCAAGAUAUCCAGUCUCGGUCAAAAGAACAACUCAAUUCUUACACAUAAAUGUUUGCCAGAGUGUUUCAGCCGACGAAUUGACAGCUCUGACAAAUCACCAGACAGCUGCUCUGCAGUACAGAUGUGUAUCCCACCAAACAAACUAAUGUAGAAGUACAAACCCUUCACUGUCUGUCUCAAGCUGCUGGGAUGUAUUUCUAGGAAAACCUUCCAGUAGGUAAAUCUUUUUCUUUAGAACAGAUAUUGGAGGUUUCAUGUUAGCCAUUUUAAAAGGCAACACUUUGACAAAAUGAUUGUUCAUCCUUUUGAAAUUUGAUAGGGACCCAUGAUGUGCCAGCAUCAAGGGAUGUGACCAUAAAUUCACGUAUGCCAUCUGUCCUCAAAUAAAUAUAUCUAAAUAGGGAAUAAAAUGGAAUUGGCGUGAAGUUCCAUUUCUGACAACUGACAUUUAUUAAACUGUGGCUCAUCAAAGAUAAAAAAAAAAAAAAAGGCUAGUUGUAAGGAUCAUAUUAAUUAGCUGACUCCCCACCGCCACUAAGAUUUCCUGAUCCAAUCAGAAAUCUUUUCUUCAAUAAUGCUGAAAUGAGCUCCUAUACAUUUGGCUACGCCUACCAUUGAAGAAGCUGCAUUCUGACUCAUUGACAAGCUUUCCAGAAUCAAUUUUAUGAUAGAUUUCAUUUUAAUAAAAUGACCCAGUUGUCAUCCUUCGUCUUGGGAAAUAAAUGUCAGCUCUGCCUUAAUGAGUAUUUGCUUUAAAUUUCUAAGAACUUAUAUUACAACGGGAGACCCAAAAUCCUUCAUAGAAUUUUGUUCCACAAAUGUUUUUCUUAAUUAAGAAGUGUUACCUUAUUAAAAUGACCACCAUUCUAAACCAUUUCUAUGUGGUCUGAAUAGUGAGUUUACAGUUUCAUACCAACUAUCUAAAACCUAAUUACAAAUAGACCACAGACCUCCUACUUUUAUAGACUUGAAUACUUAAGUAAUUUAAAUUAGGGUUGGUAUUUAUUUCACUUUUUCUUAUCUAAAUCUUAGUUUCCUGGAAUAAUCAAGUUCGAUGUUCAGCAAGAAAACUGCUUGAGUUUAAGCCAUUUUCAAAAGAAACUUGCCUUCUAAAUCAUUGUGUUCCAGAACAUUAAGUGACUAUAGGUAUUGGGUAUUAGUGAUGGUAAACUUUGUGUUGUUCUUUAUGAAAUGAUACAUAUAACUGUUGGAUGCAUCAGUGCUUUUUAAAAGGGGCUGCAUAAUAUAGGGUUAACUAUGUAUAUUCAUGUUAAGAAUUAACUUGUGGUUUGGCUGUUUCCUGGAUUUAAAAACAUAUACAUGUGCAGAAAUGUAUUAAAAUGAAAGGAAGCAUACCUUUAUCAAGAUGCUAUUAAAAUUGUACAUCAAGUAUAAUAUUUCAUUUGGAUUCUUUUUGUUGUUGUUGUUAAUGCCUAAAAAUGCCUAUUUGGAUCUUGACUAUUUUUUUUUAAUUGGGAGAAGCUCUCUUCUGUGUAGAACAGUUGUUCCAGAAUAGCUUGGUGUUUGUUUUCCUGUUGCAUGACAGACUUAACUAUCUUUUCCAGCAGUGGAGGUGCUGUUCGAGUCCAGUGUUCUAGAAAAGGCAGUGUCCAAAGCCUAAUUUUACUUUUCUAAUUCUGGUAGCUAUUACCAGGAAUUUUUGAAAGUUUUGUUUAAGUAGUCUAAUAUUUUUUAUGUAAAGAGCAUUAAAUUUUGCUAUGUAUAAAUUUUUGUAACCUAACAGUGAAUCAAUAUUUUCUAUCAGUGCCAAGGGCUUCCUGUAGUUCUAUUCAAGUGUUACAAUAAAUAUUUGUAGAUAAUAGUCAA